UUAUAAAAAUCACACACAUUUUGCCCCCAUAGUAACGGGUCACAUUCUGUAUAGACGAUCUUUGAUUGCGUGAUUGCACCAGAAGGCAGACGUCUGUUGAUAGGAGGAAGGACGGGACUGAUCGGUCGGCGGGCAGGUCGGUGAGAAAACGGCGGACCGUCAUGGACAGGACGGCCGUGGUGAAGGUCGGAGCCGCGGCCAGCGCCAGUGUGUGUGCUUUGUUCGGCGGCGUGGUUCUUGCCCAGUACAUCGUCGCCAAAAAGAAGCGAGCUGGAAAGAAAACUAGGAUCAUAGAAAUGAUGCCUCAAUUUGAGAAAACCACGGUCCACAUGAAGGACCACGGGAAGGUGGAGGACAUCAUCUGCGGUCUCAUCAAAGGAGGAGCUUCCAAACUGCAGAUCAUCACAGACUUUGACAUGACGUUAAGCAAAUUCUCAGUUAACGGCAAGCGUUGUCCAACGUGUCACAAUAUCAUUGAUAACUGCAAACUGGUAACAGAAGAGUGCAGGAGUAAGCUGCUAGCGCUGAAGAAUAAAUAUUAUCCCAUUGAGAUCGACCCUCAACUCACCAUGGAGGAGAAAUACCCGUUUAUGGUGGAGUGGUAUUUCAAUUCUCACCGACUGCUUGUGGAGCAGCGGUUAGAGAAGGACAAGCUGCCAGAGGUGGUCAGAGAGUCUGAGGUUGCCCUCAGAGACGGCUUUGAGCAGUUCUUUGACCGCCUGCAUCAGCACAAUGUGCCUGUGUUCAUUUUCUCUGCUGGCCUAGGAGAUGUCCUAGAGGAAAUCAUGCGCCAGGCAGGAGUGUAUCACCCCAACGUCAAGGUCGUCUCCAACUUCAUGGACUUUGAUGAAAAUGGCAUCUUGAAGGGAUUUAAAGGUGAGCUGAUCCAUGUGUACAACAAACACGACGGUGCCCUGCGGAACUCAGAGUACUUCAAACAAAUCAAAGAGUACUCCAACAUCAUCUUGCUGGGCGACUCACUGGGGGACCUAAGCAUGGCUGAUGGUGUGACCAAUGCGGAGAACAUCUUAAAGAUUGGCUUCCUCAAUGACAAGGUGGAAGAGCGACUUGACAAAUAUCUGGACUCUUAUGACAUAGUUCUGGUGAAGGACGAGACAUUGGAAGUCCCAAAUGCCAUCCUCCAGAAGAUUCUUUAAGUCCACCUCUGAGCUGACCGCAAACCCACACCACACCCAGUACACCUCUCUGUCCCCCCCUUCAAUCUGGAGCCAGUUAGGCUUGACACCCUUUUUAACCAGCUCCACUCUGUCUCAGCACAUCACCCUUUGACAGGCUUUUAAAAAAGACAUUUUACAUCUUGUAAAUGAAGUCCACUCAGCAUCAACAGACUGUCUCUGGUGUGUUUUGUCUGUUGCAGUUGUUUCUGAUGUUUUUUUUCUCUAUAUAUAUUUUUAUGAAAUAAUAACAUCUGAAUAUUUGCACAGUAUUGUUAUCAUAGCUUUUUCUAGGAGUAUUUUUAUUAUGGUGAUGUUUCAAUACCAUGUAUGAGGUGCCCACAGAUGGAUGAAACAGUUUGGUUUUUCUUCUUCUUUUUCUUCUUCUUUUUUUUUUUUUUUGGAGCUAUCCCAGCAUGCCUGUCACCUCAGUUAUUCUACUUUUGUGACUUGGCAGUAAGAUGUCAUUCUAGCCAGUCUUGCAAUGUAAACUGUUGUUGUUAGACAUGCCACAUAUCUGUACAGGUAAGGCUUAAAGGUUGGGAAAGUAAUUAAGAACAUUUAUUAAUGGACCUUUUUAUCAGUAAUACUUUUUUUUUUUCCAAUCUCUUGCUUGGUUACAGAAGCAUCAGCAGCCAGUAUUGGGGUUUUUUGUUUUGUUUUGUUUUGUUUUUUUAGAUAAAGAAGAGAGAUUUGGGGUGUCAACAUGAAACUCACGUGAUGAUGAGAAAUGAGAUGAAAAGCACUUUAAAUUCUAUGUAUGGGGAAAUUAAGUCUCCUGUUGAUGUGCAGAGGUGGCACCGUUUUGAUUUAUGGAUGUUGGAACAGGUUCUAAGGCCAUGUUUACAUGCAUUCAAUUUAUAUCCAAAUGUGCUCAUUCAUACUUAUUUCCACCUGUUGUAAUGCUACAACUGAAACAUUUAUGGCAAAUGCCAUUUUUGAUUAAGGAGUUUACACUGCUCUCUUACUCAAGUAUUCUCUGUGCCAGAGAUAAAGGUUACAGAAGUAUUAACUAAUGCUGAAGUAUACCUGUAGUUGUCAUUAGCGGGAAUUACCGGGAACUAAAAAGCCAUAAUAAUUCCCGAAAAUCUGGCACCAUAAGCUUCUCUAUUGAAAUAAAUAUUACAUUAUUUAUGAAGAAAUGUAGUUUAUUUCACAGUUUCAGUAAAGAAAGAAGUCACCUGCUGUCUAUGGCUCACAAAAACCCAGCAUAAGACCUGUUAAAUGUAAUGUGUUUUAUCACCUUUACAUUCUCAGUGAGCACUACCUCUAAAAUAUUCAUCUUUAUGUUUUGGGAGGUUCAGAACUAAAACGUCUCAACAUGUUGUGUAGAAUGUUGAAUUUGUUUGUGGUUUAAAUGUGCUGCUAUCACCUGCAUGUUGCCUUUUGUUAUUGUUCAGUUUAUGUUAAAGACACGGGACACUUAAAAAGAUAUAUCAAUAAAAUGGAGAAUACUGGCAUACUGUAAAUGUGGGCAUUGUAUCAAAAUGUAUAUUAUUUUACUGCAUUUGGAGAUAUUUUCAGAAGUUUAGACUGGUGUGUUUUAUUUUUAUAAGCUGAAAGGCUUUAUUUUAUGGUGUGAAAAGAAAACAUAAUAAAGUCAUUGUUGUCAGGCCGUGCGUGGACAGCAGACUGGAUUAACUUAACUGAAAGCUUUGGGUUCAUUGGGAUUUUAAUGUGGAUCAUGUAAUGUAGGACAUUAAAUAUUUGCUAUCCAUCAGUUAGUUCAGAUACAUUUGGAUGUGGCUAUUGCGUAUAAAUGUUGUAUUCACCUGUUUGUAAUCAGAGUUAUCAAAAAAUGGCAAAUUUACUAAUAAAUAUAAUAUAUUAAAUCCAAUAUUAAAAUUGGCCUCGAAUAAAACAACAUUCUUAAAUGAUUACAAUUACUGGAAUAAUUAUAAUUCAGUAAAGUCAGCAGGAAAUUGUAAAGGUCAAGAUUAACAAACAUAUUUCACUCAGGCAACUAUAGAAUUACUUUAUACUGGGAAGAAAGCUCAGUAUGCCACUGAAUUUCUAAUUUAAGCCUACUAAGAGAGUUUCCAGGAUGAAAGAAAGAAAAUCUGAAGUUUCUAAAAAAAAAAAAGGUAACUGCAUUUCUACAAAUGUGUUUAGUGGUCUUUGAAGUGAUGUGUGCGCAGUGCCUAUUUUUGUGAAUGAUAUUGCACCAUAUGUAAUGUGCACACAAAGAGAAUGUUUAAGAAUAUGGGCUAUUCAUUUUGACAAUUGCACAUCAGCAGGACGUCAUGAUUUAGCCGGUGUAUCACAAGAUGUCCUGCAGAUGGCGGCAGUGGACAAGGAGUGGAUGAACUGUGGGAUGCAAUUUAAAGUUUAUCAACGUGGCAUCUUUGAAUCCCAGAAAUUGUUGUGUUCACAUGUAGAAGUCGUGGCUCGUUGGUCUAGGGGUAUGAUUCUCGCUUAGGGUGCGAGAGGUCCCGGGUUCAAAUCCCGGACGAGCCCAUAUUUUGUUAGAAACUCAUUUUUGUUGUAUUUGAACGAGCAUAAACUAAAAAGUACAAAUAGUGGACAUCUGGAAUCAUAUUUAAUUUUUCUUUAGUGGGUCAAUACAGAAUUACUACUCUGUCAGACUGAGUCAAUGGAUAGCCAAAUGCAAACCAUUACAAUGCUUUUCCUGCAAUGUUAUUAUGUGAUAUAUGUCGAUAAAGAAAAUAAAGAUAUGUACUGAUA